UUGUAAUUAUUUUGCACACUGCUUAGAAUUUCAUAAUAUAUUAAGUUAAAAUUUUGAAAGUUCAACUAUGAAUAUAACUACGUUCUAUAAAAAAAUAUUACAGCCCCCCUAAUAGUACUCAAUUACUAAAAUCUUCAGAAUCGUAUCAGCCAUAUUAUUAAAAUUACUUUACAACUGAACUAUGAAAAGAAUAUAUAAAGUAUAAUGUAAACAAAUUAAUUCCUUCGUCAUUCAUUAUCAGCGGUUAUCGGAACAAACGUUCGUUAUAAUUACAAUUGCAGAUAAGAUGUUUUGUUUGAAUUAUUAUUCUUUAAAUGCUCCGAAACGACAGUCUGGAACACGAUUUAUAGAAAAUGGCGGGGUUAAUAACGAAAAAAACCACUUGUUCACGAUAUUUGUUCAAAAAUGUGAACAAUUACAUGAAGAGACUUUCUUCUCACUUUACAUAUUUCCCCGAUGAACAAAAACCAAUAGAAGGCGAAACAAGCAAAAUGAACAUGAUGCAAGCAAUCAACAAUGCAAUGGACAUCACUCUUAAGACGGACCCCAGUGCAGUGCUAUUUGGAGAAGAUGUGGCUUUUGGUGGUGUGUUUAGGUGUGCGUUAGGACUACAGGAAAAAUAUGGUAAAGACAGAGUUUUCAACACUCCGCUAUGUGAGCAAGGCAUCGCUGGGUUUGGUAUCGGGUUGGCUACAGCUGGAGCUACGGCCAUUGCUGAAAUUCAGUUUGCCGAUUAUAUAUUUCCAGCUUUCGAUCAGCUGGUGAACGAGGCGGCCAAGUGCCGCUACCGCUCGGGCGCGCAGUGGGCGUGCGGCGCGCUCACCGUGCGCGCGCCCUGCGGCGCCGUCGGCCACGGCGGCCUCUACCACUCGCAGAGCCCCGAGGCCUUCUUCGCGCACGCGCCCGGCCUCAAGGUGGUAAUACCCCGCGGUCCCACAUCGGCCAAGGGUCUGCUGCUGUCCUGCCUGCGAGACCGGGACCCCUGCAUAUUCCUCGAGCCCAAGAUCCUGUACCGAGCUGCUGCUGAAGAGGUGCCCGUGGACAGCUAUGAAAUACCACUUGGUAAAGCUCAGGUUCUGAGGGAAGGUGAUGCAGCAACACUAAUCGCUUGGGGUACACAGGUGCAUGUGAUGCUGGAAGUGGCCCAAAUGGCCAAGGAGCAGCUCGGCGUCAACUGUGAAGUCAUCGACCUGGCCUCUAUAUUGCCUUGGGACGAGGAGACUGUCUGCAAUUCGGUUAAGAAGACGGGCCGUUGUCUCAUCGCACACGAGGCGCCUCUCACUUGUGGGUUUGGAGCUGAACUCGCGGCAACUAUACAGGAGGAGUGCUUCCUGCACCUGGAGGCGCCGGUGCGGCGCGCGGCGGGCUGGGACGCGCCCUUCCCGCAUGUGUUCGAGCCCUUCUACCUGCCCGACCGGACGCGCUGCAUGCAGGACUUAAGGGAUCUGCUGCAAUACUAGCCGAAAUUAAACUUUACUGAUCUGU